AUGGACGUCCACCGCUGCCGAUUCGUUCCCUACAAACCCUCCGCGAUCAACGCCAUCGCCUUCUCGCACCCCAAGACGAGGUCGGCGCUGCAAGCCUCACUUGCGCGUCUGGCAAUUGGAAGGGCCAAUGGCGACAUUGAGAUCUGGAACCCGUCAAAUGGGUCUUGGAACCAGGAACUCGUCAUCCCCGGAGGCAAGGACCGCAGCGUUGACGGAUUAGUCUGGGUCAACGAGCCUGACCAAGACCUCGGCGAUGGCCGAGUUGCUGCUGGCAAGUUGCGCCUCUUCAGCAUCGGCUACACCUCUACGGUUACCGAGUGGGAUCUUGAGAAGGGAGUACCCAAGAGGCACGCGAGCGGUCAGCAUGGGGACAUCUGGUGCAUGGCCGCCCAGCCGCCUGCCACCGACAAGGCGAGCUUCGGACAAGAUGCUCAAGAUUCCACCAAGCUCAUCGCUGGAACCAUUGACGGCGAGCUGGUUAUGUACUCCAUUGAGGAUGACGACUUGCGCUUUCAGCGAGUGCUGCUGAGGUCUCCCACCAGGAAAGCACAAAUGGUCAGCAUUACCUUCCAGUCCCGCAAGGUCGCCAUUGUUGGUUGCUCCGAUAGCACAAUUCGAGCGUACGAUAUUACCAAGGGCCACAUGUUGCGAAGGAUGACACUGGGCUCUGACCUCGUUGGUGGCUCCAAGGACAUCAUCGUCUGGUCAGUGAAGUGUCUCCCCGGAGGCAACAUUGUCUCAGGCGAUUCUACCGGUCAGGUCUGCAUCUGGGAUGGCAAGACAUAUACGCAAACACAGCGCAUGCAAAGUCACAAGCAAGAUGUGCUCAGUCUCGCAACCAAUUCAGAUGGGACCUCAAUCCUCAGUGGAGGCAUGGACCGACGAACGAUUCUUUACAAGCAAAACACCGGCGCGGGCAACCGAUGGAGCAAAGUUUGGGGCAGGCGGUAUCACGAGCAUGAUGUCAAGUCCAUGGCCUCAUUCGAGAGUGGCCGUAUCAGCGUUGUCGUCUCUGGAGGCCCCGACGCCAACCCUGUUGUGAUUCCUCUCAAGGAGAUGGGACGCGAGAACCACCGAAUCAUGUCUAGCCUACCGCAACAGCCUCCUGUCUUGAGUGCUGCCAGGGCACGGUUCGUCGUUAGUUGGUGGGAGAGGGAGGUUCAUGUCUGGGCUCUGCGGAAAUCCGCAACAGCCAUGUUCGAGGCUGGUGGCGAGGAUGUAGAUGUCAACCAAAACCGCAAGCUCCUCAAGACGAUUGUGGUUAAGGGAGACUCUAACAUCACCUCCGCAACCAUCAAUCAGGAUGGUACACUCCUUGUGGUGUCUACUUCAGCCAGUGUCAAGGCGUUCAAGCUGGAGCACCAAGACCCGAUCAAGCCGUCUGACGUCAAGCUUUCCAGCAUCCAGGUCCCGCAAAAGCUGACUGGCAUCGGUGCCAGCAAAGUCGAGCUCUCUCCCAAUGGUCAGUGGCUCUGCGCCGUGCAGGAGGGUUCUCGAGUUUUGCUGGCCAAGGUCGACACCCUCAAGGAUUCUGAUGCCCCCAUCACCUUCCAGCCACAACUACGACGGCUUACCCGAUUGCGACGACAUAUCCCACGUUACGUUCUCAAUGGUGGACUGGGCAGCUACGAUAGGACCAUCACACAUGUCGCCUUCUCUGCUGACUCGAAUAUGCUCGCAACCUCCGACUUGGCGGGAUACCUCGAUACUUGGGUGUUACGCGGCAGCAAAGAGCACCUGCAGAAUGGAGCUAAGGCAGAAGGUGACGCGUCUUCAUCCUCAGAGAGCGAUUCUUCAGAAGAGGAAGAUGAUGUAGUCACGCAGGCUGGUGACCAAUGGGUUCGUAACCCCAACGCCAAACUUCUGCCCAAACUCCCUUCUGCUGCCACGGUUCUGUCGUUCUCGGACGACGUGCCCCAGACCCAAAAUUCUGUCGGCGGGGCGGACGUUGAGUCAGAUGUUGCCGACGACUAUACCCUCUUGGCAAUCACCUCCUCGUGGAACCUUUUUACGUUCCAUCCCCUGCAAGGCUCCCUGACCCCGUGGGCUCGUCGUCAUCCCCGACAUGCCCUCCCUACAGCUGUUCAAGAUCUCCUAGACUUGGCCAAGGGUGUGCUCUGGCAGGGUCCCCGCGCAUGGAUCUACGGUGUCUCAUUCCUUCUCAUGAUCGAUAUGGCUCAGGAUCUCCCCAAGCCGGCUCCUGUGGCCGACGCAAGUGAGAACCCUGGCAAGCAGGGCAUGAAACGCAAGAGAGGCGGCCCGAGUAGUGGUGCCGGUGGCAGGAUGGAGCAAGGCAACCUCGCGCCCUCCCAGGUCCUCAAGCACACGGCGGGUCAGUGGGAGGAUGUCGACAUGGAGGACGCGCCCCAGACCGAAGACGCUAACAGCGAUGACGAUAUGGAUGAGGCAGACGGCGAACUUGCCCAGCUGCGCAACCACAACGAGACUGAAUCCAGCCUAGAGGUCGCAGAGACUGGCGGUGAGCGAAAGAGCUGGUGGAUGACCUACAAGUACCGUCCCAUCUUCGGUAUCGUGCCCCUCAGCACGCCAGACCAGGACCUCGAGGUGGCCCUGGUGGAGAGACCGACAUGGGAUGUGGAGAUGCCGGAGAGCUACUUUAGCCUCGAGCAGUGGGAAAGGUAG